CUCUGCCGCCCCGACCGCCGCUCCGGUAAGAGCUCCGGUCCCCCCCGGGAUCGGGCUGCUCGGAACGGGGGGGGGGGACCCGCUUGGGGGGGGGGGGCUGCUGGGGCGGGGGUACGAUACGUGUUCAUGGGGUGCUGCUGGCAUCGAGGGUGGGGGAGACCCCUGGGAUGGAGGGAGGAGAUGGGGUUGGGCCGCUCCUUCAGUCCGCAGGUGGGAAACAGCCUGCAUCCUGAAAGCUUGAGGAGAGGAAAAGGAUAGCGUUGAAAUUCAAAGGAAAAGUGAAAAUAAAUGAAAAUAAAUCAGAAAGGGGGGAGAGGGAGGGGAAACGAAGAAAAAGGGAAAGGAAAAAAAAAAAAGGGAAAAAGGAAAAAAAAAAUCCAAUAAAUGAAAAUAAAGGAAUCCCCCGCUUCCCCGGCAGCCCCGCGCCCCGGGCGCACAGAAGGGAGAGCAGCCGACGCCGGGCACCUGCGCGGGGCUGCGCCAUGGCCGGAUCCUGCGCUCGUUCAAGGGCAGGGAGGAGGGCCGGGGGCAGCGGGGCUGUCACCACCCGUCCGAAUCGCUGCGCGAGCAGAAAGCUGCCCCCGACCUGCUUCGCUUCUAUGGGCAGCUUCAUAAAAUUGGAUUUUAUUAGACGUCAAAUUAAAGCUCCUAAUUGUGCAGAGCUUCUGUAGCAGCUGCGGCACCAUGGUAACCCUGGGAGAUGCCAGAACAGAUCUAUUGAUUUUCGUUUUAAGCCUCCUCCCUCUGUUUCAUCCAGAUUCAGGGCAGCAAAAUACCACAAAAUCCCCCACAGCAGGCUCAGCUGUGCUGCCCUGCCCCGCUCUAUGCAGCCCUGCUCAGGGAGGAGUGAGAGGGCUAUUUUUGUCCGUCCCGUUUUUUGGGCACCAUGUUGUCACCCAAGAGGUGAAGACACCCAGAGGGGACGGGCACCCAUGGCUCCUCCCAGGGUGCCCACGAAAUGGAGGGUUUGGAAAUGGAAUAGGGUUUGGAAAGACCUAGAAGGCAGCGGUGCAGAGCCAUCAGAAGGUUGGGUUGUUUUUUUUUUUCCACAGAGGAAGGGCACCUUCGAGGUACCGAUGACGUAGCCUUGGGAGCUGGGGGUCUCCAGGAAGGCAGAUGAUAAAAUCAUGCCUCUCCAUAAACGCAGCUGCGUCCCCAGCGCUCCCCCCACUGCCCGCCCUCCACGCGUAGCCCACCAGCAUGGGGAAGGAGAAGACGCACAUCAACAUUGUCGUCAUCGGGCAUGUGGACUCUGGGAAAUCCACCACCACCGGGCACCUCAUCUACAAAUGCGGGGGCAUUGACAAAAGGACCAUUGAGAAAUUCGAGAAGGAGGCUGCUGAGAUGGGGAAGGGGUCCUUCAAAUACGCCUGGGUGCUGGACAAGCUGAAGGCCGAGCGUGAGCGUGGCAUCACCAUUGACAUCUCACUGUGGAAAUUUGAGACCACCAAGUACUACAUCACCAUCAUCGAUGCGCCCGGCCACAGGGACUUCAUCAAGAACAUGAUCACUGGCACAUCCCAGGCUGACUGCGCCGUACUGAUUGUUGCUGCCGGUGUCGGUGAGUUUGAAGCCGGCAUCUCCAAGAACGGGCAGACCCGUGAGCACGCCCUGCUGGCUUACACCCUGGGGGUGAAGCAGCUCAUUGUGGGCAUCAACAAGAUGGAUUCCACGGAGCCUGCAUACAGCGAGAAACGCUACGAUGAGAUCGUCAAGGAGGUCAGCGCCUACAUCAAGAAGAUCGGCUACAACCCAGCCACGGUUCCCUUCGUGCCCAUCUCGGGCUGGCACGGGGACAACAUGCUGGAGCCAUCCCCCAAUAUGCCUUGGUUCAAGGGCUGGAAGGUGGAGCGCAAGGAAGGCAACGCAAGCGGGGUGUCCCUCCUGGAGGCCCUGGACACCAUCCUGCCCCCCACCCGCCCCACAGACAAACCCCUGCGCCUGCCCCUGCAGGAUGUCUACAAGAUUGGAGGAAUUGGCACAGUUCCCGUGGGCCGAGUGGAGACUGGCAUCCUGCGACCCGGCAUGGUGGUCACCUUUGCGCCUGUGAAUAUCACCACUGAGGUGAAGUCAGUGGAGAUGCACCACGAGGCGCUGAGCGAGGCCCUGCCUGGAGACAAUGUUGGCUUCAACGUGAAGAAUGUCUCCGUCAAGGACAUCCGCCGUGGGAAUGUCUGUGGGGACAGCAAGUCAGACCCGCCGCAGGAGGCAGCACAGUUCACGUCUCAGGUGAUCAUCCUGAACCACCCCGGGCAGAUCAGCGCCGGAUACUCACCUGUCAUCGACUGCCACACCGCACACAUCGCCUGCAAGUUUGCUGAGCUGAAGGAGAAGAUCGACCGACGCUCCGGCAAGAAGCUGGAGGACAACCCCAAAUCCCUGAAAUCGGGUGAUGCGGCCAUCGUGGAGAUGAUUCCUGGCAAGCCGAUGUGUGUGGAGAGCUUCUCCCAGUACCCACCCCUUGGCCGCUUUGCUGUCCGUGACAUGCGGCAGACCGUGGCCGUGGGCGUCAUCAAGAACGUGGAGAAGAAGAGCGGCGGGGCCGGCAAAGUCACCAAGUCUGCCCAGAAGGCCCAGAAGGCUGGCAAAUGAAUUGUGGGCUCCCAGUGCGUAGCGCAGAAACCAUCCCUGACACCAGGACGCUGCCACCGUCUCCCCCCGGCGCAUGUGUGCACAUCAGCUUGUAAGAGUUUAUAUGUCAACGACUGGAUGCUCACCAUUAAGGUCCAGUGGAAAUUCUUUAAAAGGAAAAGCAUGUUCCAGCGUUUGUGAGGCUUCAUGUUAAUUUUACCAAUAAAACUGGUACAACAUC